GCAGUUCAAGUUGCCGUGCUUCCCUUCCACUUGGCUUUUGCAGAGCCAUCCCCACUGAGAAGAGCGUGGCAGGCGACCCCAAGGAAUAGAGGCGGCCAGCUCCUUUCAAGCCUAUUGGUUGACCCGGGUCCUGCAACAAUCGAGGAUCCGCCAUCGAAGAAAAUCGACCUCCAUCUUCUGCGCACCUGCAUUCGGGCUCAAUCGAGCGGACAUGACCCUGCGGUAACAAUGCGGGCAUCACUGGCGCUGUUCAAGCGCUCUGCUUGGAAAGGACCAAAUGUCGUCCCCUUCGACAACCUGAGACCUGCUGGAGCAGGCAAGACUCCUCCCAUCAUCAAGACUCAGGCCCGAGCAGCGUCGAUACUGCCGGCUUUCGUUGGACUACGGUUCGCCGUCCACAAUGGGAAGACCUAUCAAGAAGUCUACAUAACUGAAGAAAUGGUGGGAAGAAAGCUGGGAGAAUUUGUCCCGACGAGAAAAAGGUUCACCUACAAAAUGUCCAAGAACAAAUAGACAAACGCCAACGACUUUCAUGUACAACAUCAUUUUCUGGACGGGGAUAUCGGAAGAUUUACGGUCUGUUCGUAGAGACCUCAACCGGUUCGACUGGCCUCGGGGGCAUCGAGGCUUUGCACCAAUAUCAGACCAGAGUCUGCAAUACCGAGUUCAUGCCAGGAUCUCUGUAUCAUUGCAUUGUCUGAUUGUGCAAACCCAACCGUCGUAGACUCCCAAUCUUGAAUCGUGAAUCGUCCUUUCU